AUUCAAAACAAAAAGAAAACCAUAAAAAAGGACACGCUUCCCAUAACGAAAUUGUGAUGUUGUUAUCGUUGGGAUCCCUGUGGGACUAAAUAUUUCCCAUGGAACAUCGCGGUGGUUUCGUGGAUACACUUGUAAACAAGAUGGCGCCUAGUUCGCAGAAGACCAGCUGAAAAUGACCGUCUUUUGGGAUAUUAGUAACACUGAAAUGAUCACACAAGAAAUUGAAAUGAGAAAAAAUUGCAAAACUGAAGAUGUGUAUUGAGUUUGGAGCAUGGAGAAAUACUCAUCAAAUAAAUGGGAAAAGCACAAAGGAAAACAUUUUAAACCAGCCAAAGAGCCGCCAUCAGGUUAUAAUCCAUCAAAAGAUGUACUUUCAUCAGGAUAUGAAGAUUAUUUGGUUCUUCUCCAGGAAAGAAACAGAUUACUGAAGAAGUUGAAAGAAAAAGACAGCAAGCAAAUAGAGCUUGAAAAGAAGGAGCAGGGUUUUUCUCUUUAUGUUAAUGGUGCCAAUGCUGAUUUAUUUCGUCCUCAACCUCCGUCAACUGCUAAGAACAGARCUCCAUCAAGRCAGACGAAAACAGCAGAUGCAUACAGUGAAAAAAGAAGGCAGUUGGAACAUGAGYUGCAGUGGCUUGAAAGGGAAGUAGGUGAAAUUAGAGCCAAAACAGCUCCAAUUCCAGACCAAGCUCCUCGCAGGGAAUGGCAGCCUGAUAUGAUACACAUCAAGACAAAUCAAGGRGCUAAACUAAAACUCAAAGCCCCAGGUGUACUGUCAGGCAAUUAUAGUGAAGACUUUGAGGCCAUGGAUCAUGAUGAUGAUGGUGAUGCAGUCCUUGAUAGCUACCUGAAUCUAUCGCAAGAAAUAGCUUUAGAGGACAAUAGUGACGAWGAUGAAGAUGAGCUUACACUCAGUAUGAAUGAUGUUGAGACAUUAAGGAAGUCGCUGGAAGCCGAUCAAAGCAUUCAAGAAAGUAUCAAAGCAGCUCAAGAGAGAAUAAAACGUGAAGAAGAAAGUGGUGAUGUCAAAGAUGACAGUGAUGAAGAGGAAAUAGAAGAGGAACUAGAAGGAGCAACCAGUAGCUUAAACCUUGCUGAGCUUGACAAACUUCCUCACUUGACUCAAGCAAGCAACAAGUCCAUUGAAGUAAAAGAUGUCAGCAAGCAAAGUAUAAGUUUUGAAAUCCCAAUACAUGAUAAACCAGAAGAGAGGGACAUUAGUUGUAUUGUUAAAGAGAAGACGUUUGUUAAAGAGACUCCGGUGAAAAAGGGUCAAAAUGGUGAUGAAGACAUGGUUGUUCUGAGCUUCUCUAGCAGCUCAAAAAAUAAGAAAGAAAGGGUCCUAUCAAGUACAAGGAGAAAAGAAGAUGCUGAAAUCUUUGUUGCUACAUCAACACCCAAUAAAAAACCUUAUACCAAGAAGUCUGAAGACAMCCCUUCGAAACCUAAAGACAGCCAAGUAGAGCUCAAAUCUUCUCAGAAAUCAAGAACUAGACCUUUGUCAGCAUCAAGAAGGAAACAGCCUACUGAUGAAUGUACUGAAGACAAAAACCCUGAUGAAAUUUUUCAAGCAAUGGCUAUUGAAAACCAAAAUAUUGAGAAAGCAAGUGGRUGUCACACAGCUCCUGAAAACAGAGCAAUUGAUUCUUCAGAUGAUUCUUCUGAAGUACAAAGACCAGCAUCAAUAGCUUCAACUUCAGAUAAAAUUUCAUUAGCUACCAAAAAAGUUAGAAGCAUGGACCCAAGACAACAACAGCACUUGAUAUCAUUAUUGUCAAAACUGGAGCUUAAAGGUCCUCCAUUCAAGGCAGCUGGUCCAUUGCCAUCAAAGAAAAGAUCUCCAAUGAAAGCUACAGUAGCGUAUAGUAGCUCACAUCAAAGUUUAGACUCUGAGGCCAGCUCUAGUGUGGCUUCUUCUCAAAAUCCUGAUACUGUAGAAUCAUCUUAUACUGGUCUACAAGAAGACAGUAUUGUUGAUGUUAAUAUWGAAAUCCAAUCAAACUGGGGACAUCCAAACACUCUGGGGAUCACUGAGGUUCAGUUCUUUAGUGAUGAUGGUUGUCUAGUGAGAUAUGAUGUUAAUGAUAUAUCAGUGUCUGGAUACUUUGGUGACCAAGGAAUGGUGGCAAAUAUUUCAAAUGCAAAAACUAAGACCAACAAGCCUAAAUACAUGUGGUGCUGCCAGUUCAUUCCUGGUUCACCUGUAGAAYUAAUGUUUCAUUUGCCAGUUGAGCAGCAGAGUCUCUCAAAGAUGAUUAUAUGGAACUUCAAUGGUGGUGUUAAGGAUCUUAAUAUGGGUAUCAAAGAUGUGAGAAUUUUUACUGGCGGUGAGCUUAAAUGGAGAGGAACAAUUGACAAGGGGUGUGGCAAUCAAGUGUUUGACUACAGCACAGUGAUAAACCUAAAUGAACCAAUGAUGGAUUCCAAUCAGAAAGCACAGCCACCAUUACGCUCRGAGACUGUUAUGGUGAUKAAAUCUUGUGAUAACACUAAACAGARCAUUGGUGACUUACCUGUCAUUGAUCACCCAGUUGUGAAUCAAAGCCAGGAAGCAGCAGGAUCAAAAGAUGUUUCUACUUCUUCAUUUCAAUCCAAGCAACAUGCUCCUAGUUCUUCCCCAGUAGCACCUUCUCGUGCCUCAGAUAAAAAGAUGCCGUCGUCAAGAAGUACUGAUAACAAAGGAAAUCCACUGACUGAAUCUAUUUCCAAGAAAGCACUCAUUGACUCAACAGAGGGAAGGCUUGUUACCCGUUCUAGUUCUACACCAAAUCUCUCAUCAAACAGUGGUUUGACAGCUCUGGGCACGAUUGAUGAUGUUUUAAGAGGUGACAGUGCUGCAUUGCCAAGCAAACCACCAUGGCUUGAAAGCAGCAGGAAAAAGUCAAGAUCAAGGUCAUCAUCAAGGUCCAAGUCUCGUCCAAUAUGGUUAUCUGAAAAUGAAUCARGUAAUCAAUCUGAGGCUUCAGGAAGAAGCUUGAGUUCUACAGACAUGAGGACAAGAGAGAGUCCUGUUCCUGUUGAGGGCACAACAAGAUGUAGAAGCACUGGAGCACGGAGCUACAGUCUUCCUGGUCAACAGGGCAAUGAAUUCUGGCCUGAAAACUUUGCCAGCCGUAAAGAAGAAGAGUUGCCGACAUGUUUGGACUCAUCUGUUACUACAGCCACAGAAAACAAAAGAUCUGACUCGAGACAUUCAAGACAUAAAGCACCGUCCCCUACUCCCUCARYACAACCUCCAGGUCAUACAGRGAAGAUACAAUCAGCCAGUGAACAACAAUCUAAACAAUCUUCAUUAUCAAAACGACAGCAAUGGAGAAUGGAACAAAGCCUCAGUCUAGAAGAAUCAUGGAAUGUGUUAUCAAUGUUUGAAAAGUCWCACAAGGGACGUAUCACCAAGGACAUGGAUUUAGGGUGCCAAGAUGAUGCCCUGGACAAGUUUCUGUCGAGUGAAGUGAGCAAAUCAGGACCAAGRAMAGAGAAGGAAGAUCAARCAGACUACAGACCAAUGGRUGAAGGGUAAGUUAAUGGGUUUAUUGCAGUGACUAGACCAUUUAUUUCUCUAUGGUAGAUAUAUUAUAGGAUCGUUCAUGUAUAUUUUGUA